AUGGUCUGCUCAAAAUGCCAAAAGAAACUCCAGUCCACAGAGCUCGCUACACCUGGCGUCAAGCGCAAAAAUGAUAUGUACUACGGUUCUCCGAGUAGCUCGCUCGGCGGCGGAGAUAAAGGCAAGGCCAAGCCGACAUUAGGUGCCACGGGCAUUGGCAAGAGCAAACUCCUCAGCUCAAAGGCUAAGAACCCUUAUGCGGCUUAUGCUUCUUCUUGUGAGUCUUGUAAGACCAAGACGGAACAAGGGAAGAAAUAUUGCCAGCGGUGUGCUUAUAAGAAGAAUGCUUGUGCCAUGUGUGGCAAGAGUCUGACGGGGAAGAACUCCAAGGAUCAGCCUAUCGUGCAGAGCCAGAAGUUCAAUUUGAAGUAG